AUGGUUGUUGCGGAUGAAUUUCUACAGAAAGAACUGGGAGCCACAGACGAUGUUCAGUUUCAGUUAUAUAAUUCAAGAGAUACGGACAAAUCCAAUAUUGACCAUUAUCGAAGCAAUAUUCAUCAUCUUGGCACAGUGCCAGCACUUGAGAUAGAGGGAAAAGAACCCUUGAUAGAAUCAGGAGCCAUCUGUAUGUAUCUGGCAGAUCUCUACCAAAAACUCCAACCAGAGAAAGACAGAAAAAUGGACUACCUUAACAUAAUUUUUUACUGUUGUGCCACCAUCGAUGAAAUACUGGAACAUCUAUUUGUGCAAUGGAUGUUUGUAGAGCCGGAAAAAAGGGACAAUGUCUUAAUUCAAAAUAUGAUGUCCAAGUUUGACUCUUCUGCCACUCACAUAGAAAAAUUACUACACAACAGAAAAUACAUAUGCGGAGAUAAAUUCACGGCAGCAGAUUGCGUACUUGGGUACAACAUUUGGUGGGCAAGUGUAAUGCAAAAUGGAGAGCUGCUAAAAAACCACCCAUCGAUUCUCUCCUACUUUGAAAGACUAAAAAGACGAAAAGCCUUCCAACUGACAUUCUCGAAUGAAUGACUUCAUA